CUGUCAUUUUGAGUGAAAUAGGUUUGUGAUGAUAUUUGGUUGACUCACAAAAUGUUGUUUAAUCUUCUUAUAUCAAACUACGUUUAAUUCUUUUGUCAAUGUUUAUAUCGUCACUUUACUAUUAUGAUAAACUAAGUUGCAGUAGUUAUACAUAUCAAUUUAAGCUAUAUAGAUCGCAUUUUUACGAUUUUGUUAUUUACCUUUGAAGAAAUGUCUUGUAACUCCUGUGCAAAGUCGUUCUCAAUACUACGAAAAGAGAAAGGCUGCCCUGGUUGUGGUUAUAGUUAUUGCUCAAAAUGUCUAGACCACAAAAUGUUUUUAACAAAAUUAAAUGCUGAAGUAAAGGUCUGUGCAAAAUGUAAAAACUUAACACAAAAGCCUAAUGAACCGAAAAAAGUAGAGGCUCCAGAUGCAUAUUACAGGAGAAUUGGUGCCAUGGAAGUAAAGCAAGUUGCUACAAACACAGGGAACUUAGGUUUAGUAGAUCAGGAAAUAUUAGCAAGACUUCAAAAAUUGAAAGAGGGUAGAGACCCAACCCCCACAGGCGUCACAGAUGAGGAAGUCAGAAACCGCCUCCAAAAAAUAAAGGAUGACAUGCCAACCUCCUCAGAUGCAGAGAUACAGGCCCGGCUAGCUAAACUAAAAGGAAUUCCUAUUCAAAUAAGCUCCAGUAAGCCUGUUUUACCGCCUCCAGACACAAGAACAGAGCAAGAACAAGCAAAUGACUUGUUAAAACAGUAUUUAGAACAAACUAAGAUUGAGACAAAGUACAAUGAUGAGUUUAAUGAGGUUAUAAGUGAUAUAGAAAGUAGAAUGCAAAAGCUUAAAGGGAGCACUGGUCCUUCAGCACAGAAUUCCAAAGAGGAUCCAGGCCAAAAUGUAGAAUCUGAAGAUGAAGAGGAAACUGUGAAGAAAAUUGUGGAAAAGAUAAAAGCUGAAGCCGUGUUAGAUCCAGAUGAUAUAUCUCCAACAACAAUAGAUGAAUUGCCUUUCUGUGAAAUAUGUAAUGAAGAUGCAAAGAUGCGGUGUCUAGGAUGUAAGUAUUUGUUCUGUAAGCGAUGCUUCAUGGAACACAAAGAUGAUGAUGAUGGCUGUAACAGAUAUGAACCCUACCAUCCUCCAAAGAAUCAAAAUUACUGAUGUUUUAUGCAAAAAUAUUAAUUGUUACUAGCACUAUAAGAGUAAUAUUGAAAUUAUUAACUUAUUUUGACAAUAAUGUAUACACAAUCAGAGGUCUGACAAGCACUUAGAUGUUACUACAUGCUAUGUUAAAUACUGUAACUGUUAUUGCUGCAACAUUCACAUAAUUCAACAUUUUAAUUGUUAAUAUCACCAGAAUAAUCAUGCAAUUUUAUCAAAUGUAAAAUAAAACCACUUAUUUA